GUAAUAUACUGGGUGUGUUCAGUCCAAUUGGAUGUGGUUCCAGUACUAAAACUAGCUGUAAAAGUACAAAACAAUUUACACAGCCAAUGGUUAUGAAACUAACACGAAUACACUGCUUCAAAAACAGAGCAAUAUGGCCAAACUUUACUGCCACCGCCACCUGCCCCGCGGACAAACUUUCUCUAUCUCUAUUCAACAUUAACAUGCAUUCAUGAUCCUAACCAACCAUCUUUAUUAUACACCUGCAAAUAUGGUACCACACCACUCAUCUACUGAACUUAAAUCACACUCCACACUCUACACCUCAUAUAGCUCCUUUCGAGAUAUUUCAACCGCCUAAACUCUAAAUCCUCACUAAAGUUUCCCAAACCUCUCUUCUUUCAUUUAUACUCUGUUUCUUUGAUACAUAUAUAUAUAUAUAUAUAUAUAUAUAUAUAUAUAUAUUAGUUUAGGAAAGAAUUAGAAGCUCAUCUUUCUUAGCUUAAACAUGACUGAAAAUUCAGUCAAAUGGUUGGUUUUUAUAAUACUGAACUGCUUACUCUUUAAUCUUGUACUUUGCGUGGAGACCCAGAUGGCCAAGAAGACUACUUAUAUUGUCCAAAUAGACAAGUCAGCCAUGCCUGAAUCAUUUUCUGAUCACUUGCAGUGGUACUCUUCUAAAGUAAAGUCGGUUCUCAUUGACAAGGAAACCGACGCCGAUGAAGAUCAAAGGAUAAUAUACAGCUACCAGACUGUAUUUCAUGGAGUCGCGGCUCGAUUAAGUGAAGAAGAAGCUAGCAAGCUCGAGAAAGAAGAAGGUGUGCUGGCCAUAUUCCCGGAAAAGAAGUAUGAGCUUCACACAACGCGAAGUCCACUCUUUCUGGGGCUUGAUUCAAAACAGGACAGCACGGGGGUCUGGUCGGAAAAGAUCUCUGACCAUGACGUCAUUGUCGGGGUGCUUGAUACCGGGAUUUGGCCGGAGAGCGAGAGCUUCAACGACACCGGAAUGACUCCGGUUCCAGCUCGCUGGAAAGGAGCUUGCGAGAUUGGUCGAGGUUUUACUAAAAACCACUGCAAUAAAAAGAUCGUGGGCGCUAGAAUGUUCUACCGGGGUUACGAAUCCGCUACCGGCAAAAUCAACGGCCAGAACGAGUACAAAUCGCCCAGAGACCAAGAUGGGCAUGGGACUCACACUGCCGCUACCGUCGCUGGUGCACCGGUCAAAGGAGCAAACCUUUUGGGUUAUGCGUACGGCACAGCAAGGGGAAUGGCUCCGGGAGCAAGAAUCGCAGCUUAUAAAGUUUGCUGGGUCGGCGGUUGUUUCAGUUCCGAUAUUCUAUCAGCCGUCGAUAGAGCUGUUGCCGACGGAGUCAACGUCUUGUCGAUAUCUCUGGGCGGUGGAGUCUCAUCUUACUAUAGAGACAGUUUAUCAGUUGCAGCGUUUGGGGCUAUGGAGAUGGGCGUUUUUGUCUCGGGAUCCGCGGGUAACGGAGGACCCGACCCGGUUAGCCUUACCAAUGUGUCACCGUGGAUAACCACUGUUGGAGCUAGCACCAUGGAUAGAGAUUUUCCUGCAACUGUUAAGCUAGGAAAUGGAAAAAUUCUAUCCGGAGUUUCCCUCUACAAAGGUCGAAGAACACUUCAAAACAAACAGUACCCGAUUAUUUAUAUGGGAAACAACUCGACCGUCCCUGAUCCGGGAUCGUUAUGCUUGGAAGGGACCUUAGAAAGGCGUAAAGUUGCAGGAAAAAUUGUGAUAUGCGACCGUGGAAUUAGCCCUCGAGUUCAGAAGGGUCAGGUUGUCAAAGACGCUGGAGGAGUCGGAAUGAUUCUGACAAACACGGGUGCAAACGGCGAGGAAUUGGUGGCGGAUUCCCAUCUUCUUCCUGCAGCGGCCGUCGGUGAAAACGAGGCCAAAAUUGUAAAGCGUUACGCUUUAGCUAACCCCAAAGCCACAGCUAACAUAGCAUUUUUGGGAACUCGCGUGGGGAUUAGACCAUCUCCUGUGGUGGCAGCGUUUUCAUCAAGAGGACCUAAUUUCCUCACGUUUGAGAUUCUCAAACCUGAUUUGGUAGCUCCAGGAGUCAACAUCCUCGCCGCUUGGACAGGGGAUUUGGGUCCAUCAAGUUUACCAACGGAUCGUAGAAGAGUGAAAUUCAACAUCUUGUCUGGUACAUCAAUGUCCUGUCCUCACGUGAGUGGUAUUGCUGCUCUGCUUAAAGCUAGACACCCCGAAUGGAGCCCGGCCGCCAUUAAAUCAGCUCUUAUGACCACUGCUUAUGUUCACGACAACACUCUCCACCCCCUUAGAGACGCCUCCUCGACGAUUCCUUCCAGCCCUUUUGACCACGGAGCGGGUCAUGUAAACCCGAGAAAAGCACUUGACCCGGGUUUGGUCUACGACAUAGAGCCUCAGGACUACUUUGAUUUCCUUUGUACUCAGAAUCUAUCUCCAACCCAGUUAAAGGUUUUCGCCAAGUACUCCAACAGAACUUGUCGACACACUCUCGCCGGUCCAGCGGACUUGAACUACCCUGCUAUCUCAGUUGUGUUCCCGGAUAAAACAAACAUUUCUGUUCUUAGUGUUCGCCGAACAGUGACCAAUGUGGGUUCUCCGGUUUCGAGUUACCACCUUUCGGUUUCGCCGUUUAAAGGUGUAUCUGUUAAUGUUGUGCCUCGGUCUCUGAACUUCACCAAGGUCGGUCAGAAGUUGUCGUACAAGGUCACGUUUAAGAAGAAAUCACGGCAAACUGAGCUGGAGUUUGGAGCUUUGGUAUGGAAGAAUGGUGUCCACAAGGUGAGAAGCCCAAUUGUGCUUAUGUGGCGACUUCCGAUGUGAAAACGCCGUCGUAUGCUCUCGAUGGUAUGUUUUGCGCUACAAAUAGGAGAAGCAUAAUCGUGAUGAAAUUGUGAUCAAUUUGCUCUGUUUAACCUUUUAUUUUUUUUUUUCUUAUUUUCUUUUGAGUUCACUACUAGAAGAAACGUAGAAUAAACAUUCUCUUGUCACUGUUUUUUUCUUUUCUUUUUCAAACAAAUCAGAUCAAUUAUAAAAGAUGAAAUUCGUUAUUCUGUAUGCAAAA